AUGUCAAAGCUUAAGAAACUGGACGCCCUGGACCUGUCUACUAAUAGACUCACAGGCUUAAUACCUGGUUGGUUGAGGACUCUUCCUAGUCUUUUCUUUAUAAGCUUGAACAAUAACUCCCUUUCAGGUGAACUUCCAAAGGAGCUUUUCAGACUACAAGCACUGGUAUCAGAAAAACAUGCAACUCCAACAGACCAUGGUGAUGUUGAACUGCCUAUCUACACACAACGCACGAAUCACUCCAUUACUGCUUUGCACAUUCCAGACCAGAUAUCUAACCUCACAAACUUGGAGAGAUUAGACCUCUCAAGAAACCAUCUCUCAGGCGCGAUCCCAUCUUCACUGUCAAAUCUUCAUUUCUUGGCUUCAUUCAGUGUUGCAUACAAUAAUCUGCAUGGACCAGUACCGUCAGGCACUCAGCUCCAAGGCUUCAAUGCCACUGCCUUUGAGGGUAACCCAGGACUUUGUGGUGCCCCGCUUCCAAAUGAGUGCCAACAGAUGAACACAAGUAAUAAUAAAACUAGGAACAUGGAAGAUGUACAUGACAAUUGGAAUCGAAUUCCAUGGCUUCAUAUUUCAGUGACUCUUGGUUUCAUUAUAGGAUUUUGGGGAGUUUGUGGCCCUUUAUCUUUGAACAGGUCAUGGCGAUAUGCAUUGUUGUGA